AUGGCACUGCCUUUGACCCUGCCCACUCUAUUCUUUAUCCUAUCUUGUUCUGAAUUCCUCCAGAAUACGCUAACUCUCCAAGCCUUCCCUUCAAAUGUGUCCUCCAUUGUUCCGCGACUUGAUCAGAUGAACACAUGUGUACCUGGCUCAAGACCAAACAUCGUCUCUGGCACAUUAACACUUAACUUGAGCGAACAUCGAAUUGUGACCAUUCCUGUCAGUCUGAAAUACGAGGAUGUGGAAGCCUGUCUUAUCAGCAUGGGUACAAAUUUCGAUGCCUAUUCAACCGAACCAUCCAGGAGCAAAUCUAGGCGGGUGAAACAGACCUUGGAGACAAAGAUUGAAGGAGCCCACAGCCCGUUGACGGGUCCAGACUUUCCAAAACGGGAUGAACAAACCGCUUUCAAUGAAAAGUGUCCUCGUCCCACUUGGAUACACAAGCUACGAACAAAUCAUCAAGAUUGUGUUACACUCACCCCAAAUCAGUCUGGUAACGGUGAACCGGCCACAUCUUUGGCGACGCCGGUUCACUGCAGUUCCCGAUGCCAAACAUCAUCCACAGUUGUCAACUCACGAACACAUGAAGAGAUACAAGCAGCACGAACCAUCUUGUCCUUAGCCAAUUCUGGCGAACUUCCGGCCUUCUUGCAGCACCCCAAUUCCUUGUGCUGCGAGCUGGACGGGACGUUGCACCAAUUCCAUGGAUCAAAGAACUCAGAUAGCAUGGAGACAACGGACACACAAGUCGUUGGACCCAGGCAGCGGUCGCCCAUUGUGGACUGUUCGAUUGGUCCCACCUUAUUUCCUUUAGACUCCCAAUCAACUCCACCACGCCCGGCCUCUAUUGUCAAUUGUGUGCAAGAGCAGCAUCAUUUUAAUCCGGCUUCUCCUGUUACCGGUGCUGAGUUAGCUCUCAAUCGCAAUAGUAACUCCCGACGGUGCUGCUCACCCGGACUCGACGAACUUUCCUCACCACUUACAAUCAACCCAACCGACAAAACCGGUCAACCUACAAACCCACCAAUCCUCCAACCGCAAGCGAAUUCAUCUAUUUCCACGCGACUCCCAAGGACGCACACGUCUUUUCGACCGCCCCCGAAGAAGCGGCUAUCCUUGCACUAUCAACGCAAUCAUACCGCCGCAGCUGGUGAGUCAACACUAAGAUAA